UUCUUUUGUGCGUUCGAUUCAACUUUCCACGCAUCUAUUCCCUAUAAAACCAUCAAACCGAAACCCUAAUCAGCCUUUCUCUCCCUCUUUCUCCCUAUUGAAAAUCGAUGGCACCGAAGCGUUCAAACCCCAUUGAAGUCCCACCUGCCGCUUACUCUUCUGAGGAAGCUGAGGAGACUACCUCCGAGGACGAAGAAGUGGGAUCUUCAGCCGAGGAAGAAGAAGAGGAUGAAGAACCCCAAACCCAGUCUACUCCAUUGAUCCAAAAGAGCCCACCUUCCGGGAAGCCUGAGCCCGCGACAGCCGUCUUAGAAUCUGAGGAAUCCGGUACUGAGUCGGAAUCCGAAUCCGAAUCCGACACGCUUACGCCGAAUGUCAGGCCUCUUGCGACGAAACCCAUGGAAGACAUGAACGCGAAGAAACCCAGAUCCAACAAACCCUUGGCUUCUCCCGUUAGGCCUUGUUCAUCGAAGAGGCUUGGCGAGACGGAGCUAGAUGCCAAGGAAGCGAAACGACCCAAGAAGAAAACCGUUGAAGAAGGGAAUACCAUUACUCCUUCUGUUGAAGAGGUGAAAAAAACUGGUGAAGAUGCGAAGAAGCAGCUUUUCCAGCGGUUAUUCAGUGAAGACGAUGAGAUUGCUCUGUUGAAAGGUAUGUUGGAUUACUCUGCUAAAAAAGAGGCUGAUCCUUGUGCUGAUAUGAAUGCGUUUUAUGAUUUUGUUAAGAAAUCGAUUCAUACUGAUGUUACGAAAGCACAGUUGAUGGAUAAGAUUAGAAGGUUAAAGAAAAAGUUUGAGAACAAUGCCGGGAAAGGUAAAAAGGGUGAGGAUCGAACUUUCUCUAAAGCCCAUGAACAGAAUGCAUUUGAACUGUCGAAAAAGAUAUGGGGAAAAGAGGGGAUUAGUGGAAAAGUUGAGUCUUCAGCUGCUAAAUCCAAUGGGAAAGCCAAGGCAAAUAACAAGGCAGUGGUUGCAUUGAAAGCAGAGUUGCAUUAUUCACCUGAUAAGAAAGUAGAUAUUGGGGUGCCAAUGGAGGUCGAUAAGGUGCCUAAGAGUUCGGUUAUUAGUUUGUUUGAUAAGAGGUUCGGUGUGUCUGGCUUAGAAGAGGAAGUUCUAAAGCACGGGUUAGAUAUGGUAGACAGCGAAAGUAAGGCAACUUUGGAGGCUAGAUGGAGGAAAUUGCAAAUUGCCGAAUUGGAGCUGUUCAUUGAGCGAAGUGAAUUGGUCAAGGAGCAUGCCAAGUUGAUUCUGGAAUUUUACAAGUCCGAAGACAAAUAGAGCGCUAGUAUAAUAAGUGAUUGAUAUUUUUAUGUGCAUUUUGAAGAAAGCUAACUUAUUGUGCUUAUUAGAUAAGCUUGAUUUGAGUAGCCAAUUGUGGGGUAUCUGUAGCGCUUCUCAUAUGAAUCUGUUUCUAUGUUUUUCGGGUGCUUAUAUGCCUAAUAGCAUACGCACUUAAGCAUAUUUUGUUAUGUUUG